UUGGUUUCCAAGGAGUUAUGCCUGCUUUACAAAUACCUGACUUGAUAAAAUUUUUCAAACUCCUGCACGCUUUUGUAAGACAAGAGAUUGUCUUAUACUUCCAUAUGAAAAAUAAUAAUUCGAUGGAGGAAUUCUCGGUGCAUCCUGAAGAGGCGCAAUGGAAGUUAGCGAAGGAGUUGUAUGACGACGAUAAGCUAUUUCAGGCAGCUAGGAUUGUUCGUAACUUGAGACGAGUUCCAGUUGAAGAAACUGUGGAAAGUAGCGGAACUAUUUCAGAGAACAAUGCCAGCUUAGUAAGAAAAAGUAUUCGUCGUAUACUGAAAGAAAGUGAAGAGUGUGAAAAGUUUCUUUCCCUUCUUUUGGAUGAACGAGAAUGGGAGUGCCUGAGCAAAGAGAGUGAUCGCUGUAGAGUCUAUUACAAUUCUAAAGAAGGUCCUCGAAUUCACGGCUUUAAAAUAGAAACUGAAAUUGACGCUCCUUUCUUAGCAACAGCUUCACUAAUUAAUGAAGUGGACUUGCUUCAAGAGCUAUUUUGGUAUGUCGGAAGUAGUGAAGAAAUUGCCAAGUUGUCCAGGUGCAAGAAACUUUUAAGGUCUCGUUUUGUUACUCCUUGGCCGUUUGCUCCUCGAGAAGCCAUAUUAUAUGGCUAUGCAGUGGACGGACUUGAUGAGGACCACAGCGUAGUUGUCUGUUUUCGUUCAGCGGAACCGGAAGAUUUUAAAGAUGGUAGUUAUGAAUCAAUUUCUUCGGAUUCAAAGGAUACUGUUAGAUUGGAUGUAAAAAUUGGUGGCAUUCAGUUUAUUCCACUUGAAAGAUGCAAAACACUAUUUCGUACUGCUGUAUUUGCUGAUCCUCAAGUGCCUUAUAUUCCAAAGUGGUUGUUUCAUUGGGUGUCAAAGCGAAGCAGUUCACGACACUUCCCCAUUGUCAACGAGUAGCACGAGAUCCAUUUUAUGUUUGGGUUG